AUUUUGACAAUUUAUUGUUUACCAUGUAGUAACUACUGUCAUAUUUAUCUAGUCCUUUAGUACUGCUUGAAUUCUAUCGAAUAAGUUGCAAUGUGAUGACUCGUUUAACUGACUCGACACCACAUACGCUAUGUUGAGUUGUUAGGUAUUUGCUAAUCAGUGUUCAAUCAGUUGCAAAUAUUAAUGCAAGAGGCCAGUUGUAGCCCAAAUAGUUCACUGGUAACGUUCCAAACUGUGAAGCUGUGUGACUUGGAUUUAAAUCCCAGUACAAGCAUCUGUCCCUUCAGGAUUGUAAAAACAUCCAACUGGUUGUUUAAUGUAUAUAUGUAACUGUACGAUUUGUCUUUUUUGUAUGGAACCUUUCGUUUUGAUUGUUUCAUUUUCGUUUGUUUCAGUGAUCAUCCCUGUCUUUUUUAAUGGUUUGUUUACAUUAUAUACGACUUCAGUAAUUUGUCAUAUAGGUAUAAUACACGGAUGUGUGUAUGUGUACAUAUCACCGUUUGUUGGUGUAUAUCAUACUUUACUAUAUUUUUAUUUUUGUCUUGUACGACCUUGUCUGACCCAAUUUUUUAAACCAUGGACCAGAGAAUAUAUAAAAUGCUGUUUAGCAUUUCUUUGGAUAAAGUUUUGCCACAGUUCCAAGGACGUUUUAUGUUUCCAUCAUGUUUAAAUCCCAAGUUCAAGUGUACCGACAAAUGGCGUUUCCGACAGAAAUCAACUUAGAACAUCAACUACUAUUACUGGUCAGAUACGCAAACAACAAUCCCCUGCUAAUCGAUAUGAUGAAGUGCCUUCUUUAGAUGAAAUUCGAUCCUCUCAACCACCGAUUCGUUCGUCAAAUAGAAUAAAUCAAUCAGAUGUAAAUAAUCCAUGGCCUUACACAAACCAGCCUUCUAAUCAACAAAAUGGUAAUUUAGAUGGAGCAUUGAAUACGGCUAAUUCGUUUGAACAGUUAGCUGCUCUUGCUGAAGCUCAGUUAAAUUCUAAUAAUAUAGGGAUGUACGAUUAUUCUGAUCCAUCAGUUAAUACUAAUUUUCAUCAAUCUCAAGCGAUUUCUACAGCUUAUCAACCCCAGUCUGGAAUCAAUUCGUGUCCAAUAUCCAUGACUCAGAACGGUCAGCGAUCUCAUAUAUUUGGCAGUGUUAGUGUGCUCCCUAGUUUUGCCAGUGGUGUUAUAUCAAAUGGUAAUUCAGGACAUGCAAAUCAUGAAUUCGUUCCUUCAUCAUCAGCGUAUGACUUACAACAUGGUCAACAAGAACAGUAUUCUCAGUCAAACCAGCCGGUCUCACUAGCGUCUUCUUCAUCUGCUGAUCUUGAUAAUAGUAAUGAUAGGAAGUUCUCAACACCAGCAACAGGAGAGUCUAUUGGACAAGAUCCUUCCUCAGAUACCAGUCAAACGACAGGCCUGGUAUGUCAUAAUCGUGUAUCAGAAAAAAUUCAAAAAUUAGUCAACACUUUGAAACGUCCCAAACGAUAUCCAUUACCCGAAUAUUUUCUUGAUGAUGAAGAUCAAGUACUUGUAAGACCUGUUGUUGAUCCUACGGCACCACGUCCCAGAGGUCUUCCGUCUGAACCACUUAUAGGAGAAGAACUAGUUAUACCUUCUGGUUUGCCAAGAAAUCUAGAAUCUGCACUUCAACGUUACGCUAGCUUGAGUUGUAAAACACCUGCCCUAACUUGUUUAGACGUAUCUGGCAGACCAACUCAGGUGCUAACUUACGCAAAAUUGCUGCAACGUGCCAUCCGAAUAGCUUAUACACUUUUGAAUAAAUUGGGUCAUCGUGGAGAGCAGAGCUUAAAACCUGGAGACCGUGUCGCAUUGGUGUACGCCAAUAAUGAACCAAUCAGUUUUCUGUGCGCAUUUUAUGGUUGUAUUUUGGCCAGUGUUAUUCCAAUAGCAAUCGAAGUUCCAUCUCCUCGUCGAGAUGCUUCAUGUCAAAGUAUGGGGUUUUUAUUAGGUAGUCAGGAUGCACGUAUAGUUUUGGCUAGUGAGCAAUGUUACAAAGCUUUACAACGUGGUCCUAAUGGUGAGGUAUUAUCAUUUUCUGGUUGGCCACGUGUUACAUGGAUUAAUACAGACCAUCAUGCUAGUGGAACUAAACCACCGAAAGAUUGGACUCCUCCUGAUCGAUUAUCAAAUGAUGCAACCAUGUACUUGGAAUAUACAUUUAGUAAAGAUGGCAGUGUACAUGGUGUAAUGAUAAGUCGACGUGCAGCACUUUCUCACUGUCGAGCAUUAACUGUAGCUUGUAAUUAUUCUGAAGAGGAUGUUGUUGUCUGUGUUGUAGAUUGCCGUCGACAAAUAGGAUUAUGGCAUGCUGUUUUGACGAGCGUCUUCAAUGGGUUACAUGUAAUUUUUGUGCCUUAUUCAGUAAUGCAAGUUGAUCCUGGCUCUUGGUUACGUAUGGUUACCAAGUACCGAGCAACUGUUGCUAUUGUAAAAAGUCGUGAUAUGCAUUGGGCAUUAUUAGCUGAACGGGAUCAUCCUAAUGUAAACUUAUCUUCAUUACGUAUGCUUCUAGUUGCAGAUGGAUCAAAUCCUUGGUCUUUAAACUCUUGCGAUUCUUUUACACAAAAAUUCCGAUCUCGAGGAUUUUCUCCUGAUGCUAUCUGUCCAUGCGCUGGAAGUUCAGAAACACUAACACUUUGUUUACGUCGUCCACCUCAUCAAAUAAAUUCAGUAAAUGGCAAAAUAUGCACAAACUCUCGUUCUGAUUCACUUAUAGCCUCUCCACCUAGUUCAGUAAGAGGAGUUAUUUCGAUCCAUAGUCUUACAUAUGGUGUUGUGCGUGUCGAUACUGAAGAUUCACUAACCUCACUUACUUUACAAGAUUGUGGACAGGUUCUCCCAGGAGCUUCGGCAGUUGUCAUACGUUUGGGUCCCAAACCGAUACUUUGUCAAACUGAUGAAGUUGGUGAAAUUUGCUUAUCUUCUGAUUGUACUGGUUCUGGAUAUUGGGGUCUUCGUGGCCAAACUGACGCACAUUUUCAUGUGGAACCGAUACAUGAGGAUGGUACUCCUGUAUGCUCUUCUACUGGUGUUAAAAAGUAUACACGAUCUGGAUUUAUGGGGUUUCCUGGUCCAGCAUCAUCUGGUGGUUUAAUUUUUAUAUCGGGUUGCAUUGAUGGCUUAAUGACUAUUGCAAGUAGACGUCACAACGGUGAUGAUAUUAUAGCAACAGUUCUCGCUGUUCAACCAACAAAAAUUAUUUACAGGGGAAGGAUUGCUGUUUUCUCAGUGGAUUUACUAAAAGAUGAACGUCUUGUUAUUGUUGCUGAAUUAAGACAAGGUUAUUCAGAUGAAGCUGCUUUCACAUGGAUGUCUCUUGUGCUGCAAGCUGUUGAUAGUAUUCAUCAAGUUAGUGUUUAUUGUUUAGCUUUGGUACAUCAAAAUACAUUGCCGAAAACGCCUUUUGGUGGAAUAAAUUGCCAUUCUGUGAAAAGACUUUUUUCUGAAGGACAGUUGCAUCCUACAGCAUUGUUGCUUUGUCCUCAUUCUGCUAUACAAAAUCUACCCCAACCUCGACAACUCAGGCCUAGUUUGGUUGGACCAUCUGCUAUGAUGGUUGGUCAAGUUGUUCAAGGAGUUAGGCUAGCAGAGGCACGUGGAAGACCUUUAGGAUCAUCUCCAUCUUCUAAUAUAAUUUCCAGUUCACCUGAUAAUGAAUUUCAACUGUUAACUGAGAUACUUAUUCACAGAGCAAAUCAUACCCCAGAUGACAGAUUAUUUACUGUUUAUAAUACUAAAGGACAAGAAGUUUCGACGCUUACUUGUAGUCAACUUUUACGUCGUUCAGAAAGAUUAGCAGUUCAGUUAAAAGAAAAAGGUAAAGCUCAAGUGGGAACAAUUGUUGCUUUACUGUAUCCUCCAGGCACUGAGCUUGUUUGUGCAUUUUACGCUUGCCUUCUAAUUGGUGCCAUUCCUGUACCGGUACGCCCACCUCGAAUAGAUUCUUCUGCUCCUGGUGGUGGUAGCUCUGUUAGUGCUACAAUUGGUUCUGGUCCUAUUGGGCUAUUAUCUGGACCACCUGGUUCAGGAUCAUCAUCCGGUAUAAGUUUAUUAGGUUUAGGAGGUGGUGGUGGUCAUAAUGGGAAUUCACCGGUUAGUGGUAGUGCUGGUCAAUUGUCUUCUGGUACUGGAAGCUUUCCCAAUGUAUACUUUCGGCCGAACACUCCUAGUUUAGACGCUUCAUUGGAUUUAAUUUGGAAUGUUGUAAAGCACUCAGGAGCAACAGUUAUUUUCACACAAAAUAAUUUGAUUAAACUAUUGAAAUCCAAGGAGGCUACUAAUCGUAUUCCUUUUAAUCAUUGGCCAAUAAUACUUGACUCUGACGAAUACAAUAGACGGAAAUCGAAUUUCACUAUUCAAACACCUUGUCUAGAUCAACCAAUUGCUUAUUUGGAUUUUGCUGCAUCAACAACAGGGACACUGACUGGAAUUCGUGUAACUCAUCAAGUUGUUUAUGCGUUAUGUCGAGCUCAAAAAAUUCAAUGUGAAUUUUAUCCGACUCGUGAAGUUGUCCUGAGUCUUGAUCCAUAUUCUGGUCUUGGAUUCACUUUAUGGACAUUAACAUCUGUCUACUGUGGACAUCAUUCAGUAUUGAUACCUCCAAGUGUUACAGAAAUAGUACCUGAUUUAUGGCUUACUAUAUGUAGUCAAAGAAAAGUUCGUGAUGCAUUUUGUUCACAUUACACUAUGGAAUUAGCUACACGUUACUUGACUAAACAAAUGUCUAUUUUAAAGCAACGUGAAAUAAGUUUAUCAAGUAUUCGAAGUUUAGUUGUUGUAGCUGAAGAACGUCCUCGGAUUCAUUUGACUUCCAUGUUCACUAAGUUGUUUUCUAGUCUGGGUUUAACAGGACGUGCUGUAAGCACUUCAUUUGGUUGUCGAGUUAAUUUAGCAAUUUCUUUACAGGGUGCUAGUUCACCGGAAAGCACAACUGUUUAUGUAGAUCGUGUCAGCUUACGAAAUGAUCGUGUUAAAUUAUUAGAAAAAGGAUCACCACAUAGUCUGUGUCUUAUGGAAUCUGGAAAACUAUUACCUGGUGUACAUGUAGUAAUAGCUAAUCCUGAUACACUAGGUCAGUGUGCUGAUUCGCAACUAGGCGAAAUAUGGGUAUCAUCUCCCCACAAUUCUACUGAACUAUUAGGGCCAUUCGAUAGUGCUAGUUUAAAUCGUCCUACUGGUGUUGCUUCACAACCUGUACCAGGAAUAAAUGCUGGUGAUUCUUUACAUGCUCGUUUAGUUACUGGUGAUACUGAAAGAGUUUAUGCACGUACUGGAUUUUUGGGUUUUGUUCGACGAACUGAAUUAACUCAAUCUGAUGGAGAACUACAUGAUGCCAUAUUUGUAGUAGGCAGUUUAGAGGAAACUAUUUUACUACGUGGAAUGCGCUUUCAUCCAGUCGAUAUUGAGAAUACUGUGAUGCGUUCACACAAGAAAAUAUGUGAAUGUGCUGUAUUUAGUUGGUCGAAUUUAUUAGUUGUAGUCGCUGAACUAGCUGGUGAAGAAAAUGAAGCAAUGGAUCUUGUUCAUCCAAUUACAGCACAUGUAUUAACUGAACAUCAAAUGAUUGUUGGUGUUGUUGUAAUAGUAGAUCCUAGAACAGUACCAAUUAAUCCAUCUGGUGAAAAACAACGAAUUCUAUUAAGAGAUAGUUUUGUUAAUGACAAAUUGGAUCCAAUCUAUGUUUCAUAUAAUAUGUAAAUUAUAAAAUCAAACAUUGUUUCUUCAUUCAUAACUUAUGUUUAUGUUUGUGUGUUUAUUUUCUUUCUAUAUGGCAAUAUUCAUCGCUUCUGAUCAAUUUUCUUUCUUGUUGGGGUUUAAAGUUAGGGUCUACUUUUUAUUGUUUGUUACCUUCAGUUCCAAUGUUAUUCUUUCAUGUAAUAAUCCUUUUGAUAAUUUCUAUAUAUAUCAAUAACAACAUACCAUGCCAUUUAUUACUCUUUCUCGUUUACCAUUUAUUCGACAAUUAAUUAGGAUUUAAUAACAAUAAUUAAUAUUAUUAUUAUUCAUAAUAAAUGAAGUGAUCCUGUUUCGCAACAACACUUGUUCCCCUGACUGUUCCGUUGAUGCAAUUUUAGUAUUAUUUGUUAAUUUAUUUCAGUUUUGUUACCUAUUUCAGUUUUUUUUAAUUGGUUACUGCUGCUUUAAGUAGUAGAUCAGUCUACUAAUCAUCAUUGUCUACACUUAUUUAAUUCAUGCAUAAACUGAUAUGCAUAUUUGUAAAACAAGGGUGUUUCACUACUCUUUUUUUGAUUAUUUUGUUUUCAUUGUUAAUUUCAUUUAGCUGUUCUUUCUUUGGAAUGUAUACUAUUUUUAAAAAAAUCAACUAAAGCAUUUUCCCUAUGUGUAAAAUCAAAGCAAUUAGGUUGUUGACCUGCUCCCUGCUUUUUUCUGUCUCUUGAUUAUUAUUCUGUCAAUUUAAUACAUAUUAUUAUUAUUUCUUGAAUUGAUUUUAUUUAUUUCUGUAACCGGUGCUUCUGGUUUUUCUCCCCCCUUUUUUUAUCUCUCUCUCGUAUCAUCUUUUAAUUGAAUACAUCUUCAACUUGACUAUUUAAAAGCAUCAUAUCCCACCGUGUGACUUCAUAUUAUGCAUACGUCUAACUAUGGGCAUCCAAUCACCCGUGAUCUGAUUAUAUGCACAAUAGUGAUAUAACUGGUAUAUAUAUAUAUAUGUCUUGGUUAGAUAAUACUUUUUUUAUUUUCUUUCCCUUUUUAGAAUUUAUCUUGGCAUCACUUUGUGUGUUUGUGUGAAUAGGUAAGUAGUUCUUUCUUCUUUUUAAUCCUUUUGAUUCCUAUUUUCUUAAUUUUCUGUACUGCUGCGUUUUACCCCAUCAUAUUAUCUAUCUUUCAUUACCAAUUCAAACAAUCCAAACUAUUUCACUAUAAUCGAAUAAUAAAUAAUAUUUGCAAUACUUAAUUUCUUUCUUUCUUUCAUUCUUCUUUUUUUAGUCCUUUCGUUUGUUCCUAUUGUCAUUGUGUUUUUCAGUUAUUCUUCUUCCUUUUUUUUAAAACUUGGUAUACUUAAAGAUGAUUUAGCUAAAAUAUUUUCUUUUGUAUAAUCGAUGUAAAACAUAUGGAUUAGAUGAAAAUUGUCAUUUACGCAAUAUACACAGUGUAAUAGUCGAAUUGUUUACUUAAUUGACAGAAUAACUGAUUCCUUUUUUCAUUUAAAGAUAGACAAAUACAUAUAUAAAAUCAAUAUAUGUGAAUUGUUUUCAUCUGGUUUCUCUUGUUUCUUUUUCUACAUUUACUACAUGUAUAAGAUGUUUUACAAAUUCAUUAUUCCUGUUGAUCUUAAAGGAAGUAAUAAUGGUUUUGUUGUUUAGUGGUAUUUACUCUAGUUAUACUUUAGAAAUGAUUUGAUUACGUUAGAGUUUAUGCUCAUAAUCAAAUGAAUUAUUAUCAUUGCAUAAUCGCAGUCUUCUGUUUGACCACAUCAUUAAAUCGUCUAUGUAUCUGAGUAAUUGUAUCUCUCAUUAUGCUGCUUUACAAUUGCAUAAUUGAAUCUUUGUUGAACAGUCAUGUUGGAGUUACAUACGUAUGCUGAUUUUGUGUUAUCGAUGAGCCAGAAGUGAAAGUUCACUUUUUGUUUGUAUCCUUAAAUUGUUCAUCUUUAAGUAAACUGUUUGACAUUCAAAGUAAACUACUUCAGUCAGAAAGUGAUAAGUUUAUCUGCGUUUAUCGUACUAGACUUAAAAUAAAACGGAUGAUAUU